AUGCCCGUCUCAGAGGAAAGAAUACUCUUCUGGUCUGAAAUUAUUGAAGAAAACGAAAUACAAGAAGGACUUGAUCAGACAUUUCUAAAUGACUUAGAGGCCUCUAUAUCAGAUAAUGACGCCGUUUUAUUUGCACUAUUGAUUGAUUCUCUUCCUUUGCUUAACUGCCCAGUCAUUGCAGUUGACACUUUGUUGUCUUUGAUGAAUGAUCCUUCCACUAUGUCACUGUACUCUCUGAAAGGGCUGCUGUUGCUCUACAUGGAGUACAAUAUAGAUAUAGACAUGAUUCAGUUGCUGUAUAACAUGAUAGACUCCAGGAUAACUAAUGAUAAUAUUGACUUGCUGCUGCUUUUAACAGAAGACAUUCUGAACAUAAACAACAUAAGCAUAAGCAGCAUUAAUAUGUGCAUUAAAAGGCUUUUGUACGUCUAUGUAAGAAGUGAUGUAAGCGUGCUGUACAGAGUGCUAAACGUAGUAAGCAUGAUCUACAACAGAUACAAGCUAAAUACAGUAAAGAAGGGAGGAAAGGACUAUGAUAUAAAUGUAAAACUAACAGACAGAGGGAUAGAUUUGUAUUUAUACGAGCUAGACCUGCUAAAAGACAAUCCUAUAUUAAAUGUGUAUGUAAGGGAGAUAAAGCAGAAUAAAAUAGUAAAAAUAUCAGAGAAAGAGGUAGAAGACAGAGUGUUACUGCUAAUGAGGGAAUAA